UAAUCCUUCCCGCCUCACCAGCGAUAUCUAGUAGUCAUCGAGAAGAUGUCGAGGAAAACGCUAGCAUUUGUCACAGGAAAUCAAAACAAACUAAAAGAGGUAAGAAUUGUUACUAUUAUUAUUUCUUACAGAUAAGCAUUAUUUAUUAAAUUGCUGUUAAUUUUGAUCAAUCACCUUUAAAUACCGGGGUUUCAGGUAGAGUGAAAUAAAUCAUGUUGUAGAUUUCUUUAUGCAGGCCUCAUCUUCUCAUUCACUGUUGAUAAACUCGAUCUGAUUAGAAAUUAAUUUGAAGAACAACCUUUCAUAGUAUGUCUCGAAUUCUAUCGUGAGAACAAUCGUCAAUGAAUGUACGCGCGUUCAGUACUUUGAUCAAGGCGUUUUGAUCGAACCACUAUCGUUAUCCUGAAUAGCGUGACACUUCGGUCACGCUAUCAGUAAUUGCUUUGCAGUUAGAGUUAGGAUGAGAAUCGAGGCUUAGAAAAGUAGAUCUCCCCGUCAGUUCAAGAGAGAAGGUGUUUUACUUUGAGUUAUGAAUAAUAUUGGUGUUCGUUGAUCUGAUUCUGGCUCGAUUUCUGUUUCGUUCAUUUCCUAAGGUGGUUGCCAUCUUAGGGGACUCAUUUCCAUGGAAAGUGGAGUCUAGAAAUAUAGAUUGUAAGUAUGUGCAGUUACAUACCUUUUUAAGCUACCUAUUAAAAAGAUUGUUUAGUAUGUAAGUUAAUGCCAAUUGUGUGGUUGACUGCGUGCGUGACACUUUCAUGGGCUUAUUCUUGUUAUUACAACUGCAGUAUUUUUUGUUCCUAGUGUAUUUUCUAACAAUCAGAAUACCACAAGAGGGGUAUUGCAGGAAUAAACAAUUUCCCCUAGUUUCUCAUCUAUAAAUGGGAGGGAGAGUUGUACUUUCUGGCAACCCACUGUUGACAACCAGCUGUUCAAUGUAUUGCCUACAUGUACUUACAGUUAACCCUUUAACCCAUAAGAGUUACUGGCAACUAAUUUCUCCACACGAUAUCAUUCCUAAAUUGUGCAAGGUCAUGAGAAAAAAGGAAAUGAUCACCAACUAAAGAAGUUCUUGACUGUUAAACAUAUUCUCCUUGUCAACACCCAUAGGAAAUGUAUAGAGAACAGUAUGGAGAAUAUUCACACUGAUUAUAGGUAGUAAAGGAUUGAUGAAGAUGAUUUUAAAUACACAACCCAUAUCCCUAUUCCUGUAGUACCUGAAUUUCAAGGUGAACCAGACGAGAUAUCUAAGGAGAAAUGCAAAGUUGCUGCCAAAGAGGUUUGAGACACAUUAAGUUAUCACUUCCUUAACUGAAUAAUUUCAAGAAAUAUGGUGAUCUUGAAUUGUCACAGAUUUUCAAUCAAACAAAAUCCGGGAUGAUGAUUUUAUCUCCUUCUGUUAGGUUGGAGGCCCAGUCAUAGUAGAAGACACAUGUCUAUGUUUUACAGCAUUAGGAGAUCUCCCAGGACCUUAUGUGUGAGUAUAAUAUAGUAAUUCUUGUGUAAACACUGAUGAAUGAUAGAAUUAUUAUUAGAAAAAGAUGUGACAAAGAUACCCUAGUUGGAAGACAUGUUUUUAAUUAUAUUAUAUAUAUAUAUAUAUAUAUAUAAUGUUUUCUCAGACACACCAAUUUGUAAGGGGGAUAGUGCUCUCUGACCAUAUACCUGUAAUGACAGUUGUACUUCCUUCCACUGCCUAUUGGGGGUGGGAAGAGACCCUAAAGAAGCAACCAGUCAGUUAAUUGCCUUUAUUUCUUACAAUUUAGCCUUGGUAUGUGUAUGGUUUCAGGGAAGGUGGAGUUUGGAAGACAACUUUUUAAUUGAUUUAUUGUGAAUCAGCUGCAAAAGUGGAUGAUAUAGAAUAAUUGAACCAAACGUUUUCCCCUUUUUUUAGGAAGUGGUUCUUAAAGAAAUUAGGACCUGAAGGUACUAUUAAUAGACUUUGAUUGUUAUAAUGAUUGAACAUUGAAAGAUUUCCAAUUUCUGUAACAACUAACAAGACAUUAAUUUUCAUUUUUGUAAGACUGGUGUUGUUUUAAUGCAACUUAUAGCUGUUACAUUAAUAACCAAUGAACCAAAUAUAAAGCUGUACCCUAUCACACUCUGUAUCCUUUAAAGAAGCACAAGAGGAGUGGAUGAGAGUAUAAUUUUUAUAAUUAUGCUGGAAAAGAGGCCACACAAGAGACUGAGCUGGGAAGGGUAGUCCUGUCUAUUAAUGCCAACAAUGAGUUAAACAUACAAAAGAAAGACCUCCCUCUAUAAUUUAGACCUGACUUUCCUGCAUCUUACAGCAGGUUCAUUUUUCCAGCAUAUAAGCCAAUGCAUUAAAAAUACACUCUCUUGUAUGAUUAACCAAAAACUAAUUUUUAUGUUAAUUUGAAAUUGAUUUUAGGUCUACACAGACUCCUGACAGGAUGGGAGGACAAGUCUGCAUAUGCACUCUGUACUUUUGCAUAUUCAACAGGAAACCUUGAGGACCCUGUUUUACUAUUUAGGGGAAAGACAAUGGUAUGUCAUGAUGAAUGACUUCCUUGAGGUUUCUAUUUACAUGUCUUGGUGAAUUAUAUUAUACAAGUUAUUUUAUUCAUGUAGGGAAAAAUUGUAGAACCCAGAGGUCCAAGGAAUUUUGGAUGGGAUCCAUGUUUCCAACCAGAUGGCUUUGAUCAGACGUAAGUUUUAGUAAUUAAAUACACUUAGCAGUCAGAUGUCAACAGAAGUAGACACACUUUAAAUUCAUAAAAUUAUACAUAAAAUUAUAUGUGUAGCUACAGUGUAGAUGCACACAUUUUCAUAUCCUGACUUUGCGACAAAUAAAUGUAAAUUUUUUAUUUGAUGGGGGAUUUCUUGUGUCCAAUGUUUUUUUCAUGAAACUUCAUGAUUGUAUUUAUACGAGGUGAUUACAUAGUCCUUGUGCUUACCUUUAUUUUAUUUAUUUCGUGAUUUGUGAGUUUUUUCAAAUUACAAUGUCAUUUAAAGUUUGGUGUGUCAUUUUACCUCUUCAAGUGUUUAAUAAGCUGUAACUGGUGCCAUUCAAUUUAACUGUUUGCAAUUAAAGAUGCACCAGAUAAAAUUAUACAGAUCUAAGAACACACUUUGUCAAAGAGCAAGUAGAUGUUCUCAUUUGAUUCUUCUUCUUCAGAUAUGCAGAAAUGCCAUCAGAAAUCAAAAAUGAAAUAUCACACAGAGGCAAAGCUGUUAAGGCUUUAAAAGAAUUCUUUGAAGAAGGUGAAGAACCAGAACACAAAAAAGCAAGAAACCUUAAUGAGGAAACAUGAUUUCUUCCACUAUACAGUAUCAGUGAUGUACAUUUGACUAGUUUAUUGCUGAAUAAAAAAAUUCCC